GGGCUGGCGAUGGCCCUGCUGCCGGUGCUCCUCGCCGCCUGGGGUCUGGGGCAGUGAGGGCCGGCGGGGGCGAAGGGGCCGCGGGCGCCAUGGAGGGGGUGCUGUACAAGUGGACCAACUAUCUGAGCGGUUGGCAGCCUCGAUGGUUCCUUCUCUGUGGAGGGAUAUUAUCCUAUUAUGAUUCUCCUGAAGAUGCCUGGAAAGGUUGCAAAGGGAGUAUCCAAAUGGCGGUCUGUGAAAUUCAAGUUCAUUCUGUAGAUAACACACGCAUGGACCUGAUAAUCCCUGGGGAACAGUAUUUCUACCUGAAGGCCAGAAGUGUGGCUGAGAGACAGCGGUGGCUGGUAGCCCUGGGGUCAGCCAAGGCUUGCCUCACAGACAGUAGGACCCAGAAGGAAAAAGAGUUUGCUGAAAACACUGAAAACUUGAAAACGAAAAUGUCAGAACUAAGACUCUACUGUGACCUCCUUGUUCAGCAAGUAGAUAAAACAAAAGAAGUGACCACAACUGGUGUGUCCAGUUCCGAGGAGGGAAUUGAUGUGGGAACUCUGCUGAAAUCAACCUGCAAUACUUUUCUGAAGACUUUGGAAGAAUGCAUGCAGAUCGCAAAUGCAGCCUUCACCUCUGAGCUUCUCUAUCGCACGCCCCCAGGAUCACCACAGCUGGCCAUGCUCAAGUCCAACAAGAUGAAACAUCCUAUUGUACCGAUUCAUAAUUCAUUGGAAAGGCAAAUGGAGUUAAACAAUUGUGAAAAUGGGUCUUUAAAUAUGGAAAUAAAUGAUGAUGAAGAAAUCCUAAGGAAAAACAAGACCUCCUUACAUUUGAAACCUGCAGAGAUAGAUUGCAGCAUAUCAAGUGAAGAAAAUACAGAUGAUAAUAUAACAGUCCAAGGUGAAAUAAUGAAGGAAGAUGGAGAGGGAAACCUGGGAAAUCAUGACAGCAGCUUGGCACAGCCUGGAUCAGACUCCUUGAGUAGCUCUCCAGAAUCCCACUGGGAAGAAGGCCAAGAAGUUAUCCCAACUUUCUUUAGUACCAUGAACACCAGCUUUAGUGACAUUGAACUUCUUGAAGACAGUGGCAUUCCCACAGAAGCAUUCUUGGCAUCAUGUUAUGCUGUGGUUCCAGUAUUAGACAAACUUGGCCCUACGGUGUUUGCUCCUGUUAAAAUGGAUCUUGUUGGAAAUAUUAAGAAAGUAAAUCAGAAGUACAUAACCAACAAGGCAAAGUUUACCACCCUCCAGAAGAUAGUGCUGCACGAAGUGGAGGCUGAUGUAGCCCAGGUCAGGAACUCGGCUACAGAAGCCCUCUUGUGGCUGAAGAGAGGUCUCAAAUUUUUGAAGGGAUUUUUGACAGAAGUCAAAAAUGGAGAAAAGGACAUCCAGACAGCCUUGAAUAACGCGUAUGGUAAAACAUUACGGCAGCACCACGGCUGGGUAGUUCGAGGGGUUUUUGCGUUAGCUCUGAGGGCAGCUCCAUCCUAUGAAGAUUUUGUGGCCGCGUUAACCAUAAAGGAAGGUGACCACCAGAAAGCAGCUUUCAGUGUUGGGAUGCAGAGGGAUCUCAGCCUUUACCUUCCUGCCAUGGAAAAGCAGCUGGCGAUACUGGACACUUUAUACGAGGUCCACGGACUGGAGUCUGACGAGGUGGUAUGACGUCUGCAGGACAGGGCCACCUCCUAACUUCAGGGAAUAAAGUUCGCGAAAGUG